GCGCGGUGCCAUGAGGCGGCCCUGAGGGGCGGCGGCCACAGCGCAGCCCGGCGCGGAGCCCGGCGCGGCCCGGCAGGGCGACGGCGUCCCGCUUCGCCUCGCCGGCCAAACCCAUGACUACGGCAAACUGCGGAGCCAACGACGAGUUCGACUUCAGGCUGAUCUUCGGGGAGGACGGGCAGCCCGGGCCCGGGCCGCCGCUGGGCCCUGCAGAUCUUGAGUCUGAUGACUGUGCAUCCAUAUACAUCUUCAAUGUAGACCAGCCAUCAUCUUCUGUAAAUCAGCCAAUUUGUAUUCCUCGCCAUGGACUGCAGUCUCACUCCUCUCCUCUGUCACCACCUACAAGGCUUCAGAGUCAUAAGAACUAUGAAGGAACUGGUGAGGUACCAGAAUCCAAAUACAGUCCACUAGGUGGACCCAAACCCUUUGAGUGCCCCAGUAUUCAGAUUACUUCUAUUUCGCCUAACUGUCAUCAAGGGAUUGAAGCCAAUGAAGAUGAAUUGCACACAAAUGGCACAGAAAAUGAGUAUAUGGAAAGGCCUUCACGGGACCAUCUCUAUCUUCCUCUUGAGCCAUCGUAUAGGGAAUCAUCCCUUAGUCCAAGCCCUGCCAGCAGCAUUUCCUCCAGAAGUUGGUUUUCAGAUGCUUCCUCUUGUGAGUCCAUUUCCCAUGUUUAUGAUGAUGUAGACUCGGAGCUAAAUGAAGCAGCUGCUCGAUUUACCCUUGGCUCUCCUCUGGCCUCUCCCGGUGGUUCUCCAAGAGGUCCUAACGAUGAAUCUUGGCAACAGCCUUAUGGAUUUGGGCAUGCCUUGUCACCUAGACAGUCUCCCUGUCAUUCUCCUAGAACUAGCAUUACAGAUGAAAAUUGGCUAAGCCCUAGACCAACAUCAAGGCCCUCCUCAAGACCUACAUCCCCCUGUGGGAAACGGCGACACUCCAGUGCUGAGAUUUGCUAUGCUGGUUCUCUGUCUCCUCACCAUUCUCCUACUCCAUCACCUGGUCAUUCUCCCAGAGGAAGCAUAACAGAAGACACAUGGCUAAACACUUCCAUCCAUAACGUGCAAGGUCUUAAUUCCGGCCUCUCACCAUUUCAGUGUUGUACAGAGACUGAUAUUCCUCUUAAAACAAGAAAGACCUCAGAGGAUCAGACUGCUACUUUGUCUGGAAAAAUAGAUAUCUGCCCUGAAGAACAGGGUAACCUAUCAUCUUCCCUUGAAAAUGCAGUAGAUGACUGCUCUGGUUCUCAACACACCUUGAAAAAAGAUUUGCCCGGAGACCAAUUUCUGUCUGUUCCUUCGCACUUUACUUGGAACAAACCAAAGCCUGGUCAUACUCCUAUAUUUCGCACAUCUUCAUUGCCACCUCUUGACUGGCCUUUACCAAGUCAUUAUGGGCAGUGUGAACUGAAAAUAGAGGUUCAGCCUAAAACUCAUCACAGAGCUCACUAUGAAACAGAAGGAAGCAGAGGAGCUGUAAAAGCAUCUACUGGAGGACACCCUGUAGUGAAGCUCCUGGGCUACAGCGAAAAGCCUGUAAACCUGCAGAUGUUCAUCGGGACUGCAGAUGAUCGCUACCUAAGGCCUCAUGCAUUUUACCAGGUGCACCGAAUCACUGGAAAAACUGUUGCUACAGCAAGUCAGGAGAUAAUCAUCGCCAGCACAAAAGUUUUGGAAAUACCACUUCUUCCUGAAAAUAAUAUGUCAGCCAGUAUCGAUUGUGCGGGUAUUUUGAAACUUCGCAAUUCGGAUAUUGAGCUCCGUAAGGGAGAGACAGAUAUUGGAAGAAAGAAUACCAGAGUCCGACUCGUGUUUCGUGUUCACAUCCCACAGCCUAGUGGAAAAGUCUUAUCUCUGCAGACUGCUUCCAUACCUGUUGAAUGCUCUCAGCGAUCUGCUCAAGAACUUCCUCAGAUUGAGAAGUACAGCAUCAAUAGUUGCUCAGUCAAUGGAGGCCAUGAAAUGGUGGUAACAGGAUCUAAUUUCCUUCCAGAAUCAAAAAUUAUAUUUUUUGAAAAAGGACAAGAUGGACGACCUCAGUGGGAGGUAGAAGGGAAAAUAAUUAGGGAAAAGUGUCAAGGGGCAAACAUCAUACUUGAAGUUCCACCAUACCACAACAAAACUAUUACAGCUGCAGUUCAGGUGCAGUUUUAUCUCUGCAAUGGCAAGAGGAAAAAGAGCCAAUCUCAGCGUUUUACUUACACACCAGUUAUAAUGAAGCAAGAGCACAGAGAUGAGGUGGAUUUGUCUACUGUUCCAUCCUUGGCACUGCCUCACACAAGCAACGUGCAGGGCCUACAUUCUAUCCGAACUCAGUUGCCUUCACCAGAGCAAGGCCAUCCUCAUGACAAUUUACUGUCUUCAUCACCCAGGAGCCUUGUGUGUCCAGUUCAACCACCAUAUACAGCAAUGGUGACCUCAGCUGUAUCCCACCUGUCGCAUAUGCAAGGUAGAAACCUUAGUCCAAGUGAAGAAUGUCAUGUUUUGCCCCCUGCUGUGGUUCAGUCGUUUCAGGUAACAUCAGCACCUCCUGUGAGGCCUUCCUAUCAGCCUAUGCAGUCCAGUGAUGUGUUCAACGAACAGUCUGGUCUUCCUAUGAACUCUGCCUCCAGCCAAGGAUUUGAUGCUAUUUCAUUUCAGCAAGACACAGCUGUACCUCAUCUGAUAAAUCUUAGCUGCCAAGCUCUACCAAUGCCGUUCCAUUCUUCAAAUCCAGGUUCUGUGUCAACAUCAAGUACAGCAGGGCACCCGCUAGCACGCUCAGCACAUUCAGGACAGUCAUCUUCACACCUGCCAUCAAUGGGUUACCACUGCCCAAGUGCCGGGCAGGCCUCUAUCCCUUCUGCAAUGAGUCGUUCCCUUGGGCAGUCUUCUCCCCAGCUGCAGCAAGUUCCAUACCAUUCUACAAACCCAGCUUCCACUUCCCCAUCCCCAACAGCUUCCCAUCCUUUGGUCCACUCACCGCUGUCCGGACCAUCGUCACCCCAGCUACAACCUAUGCCUUACCAAUCUCCUAGCUCAGGACCUGCCUCGUCUCCCCCACCAGCCACUGUAAGUCAGUCGGGACAGCACUCCCCUCAAGCACAUAGUCCUGCAUUGGGAGGUCUUAAUGCAGCUUCGUCUUUAGUGCACCAUCCUGUGUGCGAUUCAUCUCCAUUUUCACCAGAUGGGGCAGCUAUUAACAUUAAACCAGAACCUGAAGAUCGAGAAUUGAAUUUUCAGAUAGGACUACAAGACAUCACACUGGAUGAUGACAGUUUUAUCUCUGACCUGGAAUACCAGCCAUCAGGUUCAACAGAGAAAUGGACUCAACAUUCAGCACUCAUGUCCAACUCCUAUGUGGAAAAUCUAGAGGUAAAUGAGAUCAUAGGAAGAGAUAUGUCACAGAUCUCAGUGUCACAUGGAACAACAGUGGCCACCCAGUCUCCAUGUACGUGCCCUGGAUCUUUGGAGACAAGAAUAUCUGAUGGAAUCCAGUAACAGAUAAGCUUACAGCUAAACAUACAUGAAAACUUCACAGUCUCUCUGAAUACUCUUCGUCCUCUUCCUCUUUAGACUUCCUGUGCUUCCAACUCUGUGGCCUUUAUGAACUGGAACAGUGGAUCCUUGCAAAGCCCUUUUAGUGGGUUACAUUUUUGAUGUAGAGACAGAGCAUUUAUAAUUAUAGUUCAUCGGAUGCUGUAAAGAGACUUCUUAAAAUGGACACGCAAUCUGCGCCAGAUACUUUUAACUGUUUUAAAGAUACAAAUAAGCUUUGCUUUUUGCAUUGAAAUAGAAUACUUUUAUAUUAUAAGUGCUUCAAAUGUGUGGAGAUGUUAGUUUGCUCUUGCAAUAUUCACAGAACUGAAUGUGGAAAAAGAUUUAAUACACAUCUUCAGUGUGCUGCUUUCCCUUAGAGAUAGCGUAGUUUGUAACUGAACUGAUGAUUUGUUAACACCUUUUGGUCAUUUUGGAAAGCCUUUAAGCUUAUAUUGUUUAAUUUUAUUUUUAUUAUGAUCUUCCAGUGGCAGAUCAUACCUGUCAUCUGAAGCCAAUGCCAUGGAAGCCAUUGUGUAUACAAAUACUGUAGUGUUUUCUUUCUUAGAAUCAUAGGAAGCAAAGCCAAAUGUAGAUCUGCACUUGUUUAUAAACUGAAAAUGUUACUUGAUAGGCUGCAAAAAGACCAUUCCAUCAUGAAAGUGUUGGGAUAGAAAUGACAUUCCAAAAUUUAACUUUUAUAACUUUGUGGAUAAUUUUCCUGUACUUUAUUAGCACAGGCUCCUUGAAAUAGGUUUUUCUUAGGAAGAUACAUUUGUAAUCGAAUUUGAGAAGUAGGAUUUUAGAUUAAAGAACAGCAACAUCAAAGCCAUGUUAGAUAACAGGGGAAAUUUAAAUAUUUGCUGAGGAUCCAAGUGUUCCUGGUAACCCUGCAGAAUACGUUUUUCAAGUCACCAAUUCAGUGGCAUUCGAGUUUUCCAUGCAAUAAAUCCUUUGACCACAUCUUUAUCUUUUAUGUGCUGUAUGCCUCACCAUGCCACUUUGAAGUCCUAAGGAGAUAAUACAGCUCCUUAAACUGUUUAUAAACUCAGUCUGCAAAAAAGUAAUUUACUGUGAGCUAGUGAGUAAGUAGUGUAACUUGCCCGCGUUGAAUCGUAGAUGUGUAAAGCAUAAGCUACCAAAGAAAUGCACCAGACUCAUGGCAGCAGUAGACGGUGCUGCACUUAAAGGAUAUGUUUCCCUCACCUACAUUAUCUGAUACAUCUGAAACAACUGUUUACAUAAUUACUAAAAAUCUCGGGCCUCUAUGAUUAGGAACCUAGGAGAGGAUCUGAAACUGCCUUCUUAGGCCACAAAUGUUCCCUCCCCCUCAAGAAAUGGUCGUUUACAAAGCUUUCUGAUAUGGAAAAUACAGGGUACAACAAUCACAGCCAAAUAAGAUGAGAAAUAUACUGAAUCCCAGAUGCUCAGUGGACAUUUUAUCAGCUAAUCACACAUGGAGGAUGCAUCUCUGUUCUCUAGAUUUUCAUAGGCUCUCAAAAAAUUACAGUAAAAUGUAAGUCUUUAAGUCAACCCUAUUACCAAACUGCAACAUCCAUACCCAUAAGAGUAAAUUCAGAUUCCCAGUGUUGCAUUUUGCUAGAAAAGUAUACAGAAGACUUCAUUCAGCCUUUUGCAGGCAAAGCAUUACAUCUACAUUUAAGUCAGCAUGCAAGUUCUAGCAUUAAAGUAGCUACAAUCACAUGUUACUAAUAGCUGAAUCAUGUACCUUUUUAGAAGACCAUACACUGAGGAGGUGAAGCUGCAACUCUUGUCAGUGCCCUCCUUUUAGAGUCCAGCCUAAAGCUACUAUGGUGGUGUUUCAUAGUUACUUCAAACAACAGAAUGCAGGGGCACGGCACGUAUGCUGGGAAUCUAAGCAUCCUUCUAGUGAAUGUACUAUUCAGUGAUGCAAAUCUUAAGAACUGAAGUAAAAGAUUGGCGGGGCUGUAAUCUGAAAGGUGUGAUAUUACACUUGUCCCUUAGUGAUGGUGCUUUUACUCUGUCCUCUACUCAUUUGUGAUCAUAGAUAAGGGUGAUACGCUCAGAAAUACAUCUACUUACGUUUUUGACAUGAAAAAGACACCAAAAAACCCCCCACGGUAAGCUAUGCAAUUGUCUUCAGACUGUGUGCUGGUGGCAAGGCAUGUUUCCAGUUUUCAAUCAUUUAUUGGGUCUUUUGCAUUAAGCAUUGUUUGUAGGAAAAUUCUAACUUAAAAGCUUUCAUACUGUAUGGGAUUUAUACUCCUUUAUCCUACUGGUACAGAUUCUCCUUGCAAGUUCUCCAAGUAAGUAGCUGGAAUUCAUACUGUACCUAAAAUAUAGGAGCCCAUACAAUACAGAGUUGCUAUGCACUAAAUUUUCUGAUGCCUUUAAAUACCUUGAUGCCUGUAGACAUAGAUGCUUUCCUAUUUAAAAAUGAAAUGAAAAAAAAUAUAUAUAUAGCUUUGGAUACUAAAGCAGUUUUGUAUUUGCCUUGUAAAAGCUUCAAUACAAGGGUCUUAAUUUUAUUUUAGCUUGUGUGAUAACGUAGGUGUUUAUCUUGUAUAAUUUUAGUGAUAUAAAAAGCACACAAUCUCUAUUGGACUAUGCAAAUUUAAUUAAACAGCAGAACCUGGCAACUAUUGAUGUUUUGUUGGCAUCCACUUUCUUGCCCUUAAGUCUUUUCUCCUUCCUGAGUCCUCUUCCAAAACUUCUAAUUUAGAUUAUCCUGAAGGAAAGCCUUAAAGAUGAGGUAGCUUUUCUAUAAGAAGGGCCAAAAGAGAUCAACAGUAAAAAAAAAAAAAAUUAAAAAAAAAAAUAAUGGGAUAAUAUUUUAAGCAAAGGGGCAGGGAGUUUUAUGUUUGGAAUUACCAUAAACUAGCCGUCUCUGUUUCUGUAAUGAAACUUUCAGCUUGUCAGUGGAACUGCCAUCCUUUUUAAACCAAAGAAUGAAAAGAACAUGACUGUUUUGUCCUGAUACAAACAGAGCUUUGAAACUCUAUUUUUGAUACUCAGAAUGGUUGUCAUUCCUUGAGGUUCGGAAAUCAUUCAAAUUGAAGUUUUAUAUUUAAAAAUAUGGGACAAUAAAGAUUAAGUUCUAGAUGUUUACAGAGCCUUGUAUUGUAAUUUCAUGUACAUUUUGUAUUUUAAACAUUUUUGUAAGUUAUGAUUGCAGUGCUACUUGCUGAAAUAAAAGGGAAGAACUUGCAUUUAGGCUCCUAAAUCAUAGUGUUGAAAUAAAUAAAAGAAUGCAA